GAUGCUUUGGAUGAUGAUGAUGAUAUUACUGAUUUCAUUAGAAGUCAUAUAUAUAUAUAUAUAAAUUGUAUUAUACACUAACUGACGACAUAUUUGAUCGAUGUAAAAAUAAAUUUUUAUACAAUUUCUCAACAGUAUGGGUAAAUUGAUUAUCGAAGAUGUUAUGUCCAUCAGUGCAAUAAUCUAUUUGAUUGACAUUUUGAUUCAUUGCGACCAUGUUUUACAUUAAAACUUCAUUUUAUAAUAACCCAGUGAUUAAAUUUCUUUUCUUUUUCUUUUUCCUUCUUUUUUUUUAGAAUUAAGAAAAUGAUGUGCGUUUCAUUAUCAAGAGAAUUUUGGCAGAAAAUAUUUAUUACAUUAAAUACUUUAUUUGUUAUAUUUAACAUUAUACUACUUAUAUUAGGUAUAAUAACACAAAAUACUUUAUCAAAAUAUACAACCAUUUUAAAUACACCAAUAUCAGCUAUCAUUCCAACUAUUCUAUUUACUGGAUGUUUCGGUUUUAUAGCUGCAUUAAUUGGAUAUAUUGGAUUAUGGAAACCAAUGAAUUUAAUUGCUUUAAUGCAUAUUAUCAGUUUGUGUAUUGUUACACUCAUUGAAAUUGGUAUAGCAACAACAUCAGCUGUAAUGUAUGAUCAAUUCUAUACAACUACACAUAGUGCAUUAUUAGAUAGUGUGAAAUUCUAUUAUGAAAACUCACAAUAUGAAAUGGAAAUGGAUCAUUUACAAACUGAAUUUAAAUGUUGUGGAGCUGAAUCUUAUUUGGAUUAUAGAAAAUUGGGUAUGAAUAUACCAUUCUCUUGUAUCAUUGGUUAUUUAGUUUAUGCAAGAGGUUGUGUUCAUAUAUUAACUGAUUAUAUACAACAAUAUACAAUUGUAUUCAUUUCAUUAUGUUUUAUAUUUUCAAUUAUACAAGGGGUUUAUUUAAUUAUUUCCAUUUUAAUGCUUAAUAGAUCUAUGGAUACAAAAAAUUUAUGUACAUAA